AUGGCCCGUGGCCUACUUGGACGGCAGCAUCCCUGUGCAUUUCGGCACGCUCGGCGUGCUGCACUUCGUGAAGCAGACCUAAUUGUGCUGAUCGGCUCUGUCUGCGAUUUUCGGCUGGACUAUGGUCGCGUUCUCAAUUCUCAUGCGAAAAUAGUAAUCAUCAACCGGAACAAAAAGCAGCUUUAUUUGAAUUCAGACGUUUUCUGGAAACCCCACUUGGCUAUCCUCGCAGAUGUGGGCACCACUGUCGCUCGGGUCGCGGAACGCUUACACGAGAGAUUUCCUUGCUUGGCCGACCAUAGAUGUCCGUCGGAGUGGAUUCGUGAAUUGCAAACCCGAGAGGAUCACGAGGACGAGAAUAUAAGACGAAGCACCUUGGCCCAACCUUCGGAGCGCAUCAAUCCACUCACUCUUCUCUGGAAUUUGGAACACCAUGGUCUCACUGAGUCAUCUGAUGAGGAUGCCAUUAUUGUCGCAGACGGAGGGGACUUUGUUGGUUCGGCCGCCUACAUUCUCCGGCCUCGUGGACCCCUUUCUUGGCUGGAUCCUGGGCCAUUCGGCACCUUGGGUGUCGGUGGCGGAUUUGCCCUCGGUGCAAAAUUGUGUCGUCCCAACGCCACCGUCUGGGUGAUUUACGGCGAUGGAUCGGCUGGUUUUAGUAUUGCCGAGUGGGAUUCCAUGGCUCGACACCGCUGCCCCGCCAUCGGUGUGAUCGGAAAUGAUGCGUGUUGGUCGCAGAUAUCACGUGACCAGCUGAGACUGUUCCAGUCCAAUGUGGCUUGUACGCUCAGCCCAAUUCGUUAUGAUGUCAUCGGGGCUGCUUAUGCUGGUAGUCAGAUACCCAUUCUGGAUUACAGUCAAGACGAACAGGCAGGUGCUUUCGUUGUGAACAGGAGCAAUUUCUCUUCUAUUCGUCAAGUGUUCGCGGAAGCAAAACUCCUCUCUAGUAGUGGCAAACCUUGCAUCAUCAAUUGUUUGAUAGCAUCGAGCAGUUUCCGCGAGGGGAGUAUUUCCAUUUGA